ACGGAAACGGACUGACGUAAGAGGCGACGGAUGUUCAGUCCGAUUGGCUCCUCCGCUAAACUAAAGUGAAGUAAAUAGUUACCACUCGAUCUGUGCUGGCUAGUUAGCAGGUAUUGUGGAGUGUAGUUAAUAGUCCGCCUGGACAAGAGAAAAUAUGACCGCACCAAGAUACUUUUUCUGAAGUAACCAGCUAACGCGAAGAUGGAGGAACAGGAAAGGGACACGCUGGCUGCUUUGCCCGAAUCCCAAGUUGUAUCGGGUCCCAAUGGCAGCGAUGGUGGUGAAGCUAAAGAUGCAGAGGCGGGCUUGAGGCCUGUGGAGAAGCGUGGUCCAUACAUCAUGUCCCGAGCUCCACCCAUUCACCAGAAACUGCAAAAGCACCGAGAGGUGGCUCGAAAGGCUUUGAAGAAGAAAGCCCUUACAUUGGGGGGACCAAUAAUGCAACAGCCCAGGCAUGGACCCAAGAGGAAUGUGAAGUUUAAUAAAGGCUACAGGGCCCUCAGCCAGAACCCCGAAGACACCCUGGUGUCGCUGGACUCGGACAGUGAUGGCGAGCUUGAAUCGCAGUAUUCCUCAGGGUACUCCUCAUCCGAGGUCCACCCUGAAGUGAGCAGGCAGCUGCUGAAGGACGGCUACCGGCUAGAUGAGAUCCCGGACGACGAGGACCUAGACCUCAUCCCGCCUAAGUCCCUGACUGCCACCCGAUGCUGCUGCUCGGACGCCGUGUCCUGCAGCGUGCAGUGAGCGAGGCCGGCCGCGGCCUCCCCCAGCCUUAUUCCUGGAGCUGCCUUAUCACCCCAUCCACUAGGUGGUGCUGCAAACCUCUUUCACGAAUACUCCCGUACCCUGCUGUCCAUGAGAGAGGCCCUGCUGGCUGUCAGUCUGUGUGUUUACAAUGGGGAGUGCCGUAAAAGGGGGCGGGGUUGAGGCUCUGAGUUUUCAUUCACUGUUGUGCAUCCUCAACUAAGGCACCGACUUGCCUGCAAUUAAUGACAAGCAUGACCGACAUCGCUCAUCCCGUCAGAAAACCGCUUUGAGGGGCUGCUGGCCUGCAUCCUUUUUUCUCUGUGGGAAACACAAAAAAAACAUUGGAAGAACUGGUCUUAAACUUGUAUUACUGUUUCUGAUAUCCCUUCAAAAUACAAACCUUUGUCACCAUUUAGAUCUUAAGAUCAGUGGCUUGUAAGUUAGUAUGGAAUCCAGGAAUAAGGACUUGGUUUGAGUUUCCUGAAUAUUUAAAGGUCACAGCAUAAUCCAGAAUGGCAGGGGAGGUCACGGAGGUCAGCUGAUGGGUGUUAGCCUGUCGUUCUAGAUUGUUUUGGAAUAUUUUUAUUUUUAUUUUUUUUUUUUUUUAGAGAGGCGAAUUGAAAGUGAACGCAGAUGGGAUCUGUAGAGAACAGGCAUCAUGGUCUGUUACUUUGUGAUUUUCCUUUUUCUCUGCAGUGUUUGAAUUGCCAGCAGGGGCUGCCUCGAGUUCAGCUUUCCCUAUGUGUGUGUGCACAUGUACCUGGAACAGAUUUGGUGUCUCCCUUAAAUCAGCCAUUGCCUUCAAAGCCUAAGUGAGAUGCACUGAAAGAAACACUAACUUUCUUCUUGCUUACCGGGUAUGGGUAUGGGCCUAAUAUGUGUAGUAUUUCCUUCGGAGGAAAGCUGCGAGUUCCGUUUCUGAAUUGCUUUCUUGUCUUAAUUGCUCUGACUCACGAGUGAAUCUUUUUUCCUGUAAAGGCCGAGCAUUACAAAGCAGAGCAUUUUUCCGUUACCGCUUCGCACAGGCAGCGCUGGAGUGGAUUCAGCACUGCGGGCGUGGACCUUUUCUUUAAAGUGGUUUGAGGGUCGCUGUUUUUGCAAGAAGUAUUUUGGGUAUGAGGCUCUGAGGUGCUGAAUCACACUUUGUGGUGUCUGUGUGUGUUUUCAGUGGUUGUGUCCUAAUUUUGAGUGAGUGUCUUUUAUCCGUGUGUAAACGUUUUUGAGGUGUGUGUGUGUGUCUUUUUCCUGCAAUGUAGCCAUUCCCAGUCUGAACUUACUAUACCUGUAUCUAUGCAACUAGCAAGACAAUCUUUAUAUAGAAUUUACUAGUAAAACGUAUAUACUUUCAGCAAAUGUUACUGAGUGUUCUUUGCAAUAACGAGUUUUUCUUAUUAUUUAAAGGACUAUUUAAGUGAUUUUUAUUGACCGUCAUGAAUAAAAUUAUCUGUCUCCCUUGUUA